CGCCUCGUGCCGAAGUUUGAAAUCUGGGGCCAACUAACCUCGAAGUGGAUGACAGUCUUGGUCUUGGCGCAUAUAUUCUGGUUCGGAUCGCUAGCCCACCUCUUCUAACCUUCAACACUCAUUUUGGGUGAGGGUUGGUAAAGAUACUGAUAAAUUUUAGGAACUACUUUCAAUUCAACAAAUAGGAGUUAACGACGGCUAGGAUUACUGUAUUCAGGCGAAAGUGCAACGCCUUUCGUGCCAAAUGGUUCACAUUGGCAUUAAGAAAUCACCCCCGAAGCUGUGUGCUGAGGACAAUCCUUUCAUUGUUAGCACAUCGUCUGAUAGGACCAACUCGGCAGCAAGGAGAUUAAUCCGAAGCCAUGUGAUGCGAGGAAAGAAUCGUCGAAAGUCCCCAUCGUCCUCCAUGAAGACGGGAGCUUGGCUCAACAGCGGUACUUGCAGCGACGAGGAACUUGUCUCUGCUCAAAGAGAGUGCAUACUAUCUGGUCCAGGGCUAGGAUUCUUUGGAUCAGGGCUUCGUCUCAUUCCCUUUGCGGAUGAUAUGCAACCGUACAUGCUGGACCUUGUCUUCAAAUUCUUCACCAUCCUUAUGCAAGCCAUGUAUCCCAUCCAACUAUGCCUUUCCGUUGACUCGAGGAACACAGUAUGGAUGGAGUAUCUCCAGACCGACACCAUGUUUCUCCACUCCCAACUCUGGCUCGCACAAACCUACUUCGACUGGACCCAAAACCGUCCCCCCUCCCGCCGCGCCCUCCUCCACGAAAGCAAAACCCUCCACCUCCUCCGCCACCGCGUCACCGACCCCUCAACCGCAACCUCAGACCAGACCAUUUCCGUCGUCGUCACACUCGUGAACAUGACCGCUCUGUCCGGCCACAGAGAACUGGCCCGGAAACACAUGGCCGGGUUAUCGAAAAUGGUUUCCGUGCGGGGAGGGCUGAGAGCUUUGAGGGAAAAUACGCAGCUUCAGCUUAAAGUCUGCAGAGCAGAUCUAAGCACCGCCCUCUCAACCGACAUCCCACCAUUCCUCUUCACCGCGCCCCAGAUCUCCUGGUCGCCCUUCCUCCCCUCAUCUCCCUCCCCCUUAGCACCUCCUCUCCCAAACCUCGACGCUAAACUCCUCGCCAUCUACCACGAUCUGCACACUUUUUCCCAGUCCGCAAACCUCGCUUUCCAAUCCGCCUCCAAGCUUCCCCCAGAACUGUUCCAGGAAAUCCUGAUUUCAACGCAAUACCGACUCAUGUUACUCUCCUUCCCCGCUGAUGGUUCAGCGUUGGAGCUGCUCAGGCUGGGCAUGCUAGCGUUUUCGACGAGUGUGUUUCUGCAGGCGCGGGGGAUUAGGGUGAGGUAUGAGGCGUUGGCGGGGUGGUUGAGGGAUGCUGCUGCGGCGCGGGAAGAGGAGGGAAGGGGAGCGGAUUUGGGGAUUUGGAUUUUGUUCAUGGCGGGCAUUUCGGGGGGUGAGGAGGAGGAUGGGUGGAUAUUGCCGAUGUUGAAGACGGAGAUGGGGAAUAGAGAGAUGAGGGAGUGGGGAGUUGUGAGGGCGCUGUUGAAGCGGUAUCCGUGGGUUGAUGCGCUGCAUGAUGAGGUUGGGAAGAGGAUUUUUGGGCGUGUGGAGGUCGUGGAUACAGCGUGAUGUUUCUUGUUAGCGGGGAAUGAAACGAGUUCUGAAUAGAGUAAACAAUUCCGUCCAUCUAUCACAUUAUCAUUAUCACUCGCUACUAGCUCACCUAUCUAACCCCUUUCCUUUCUCCUCCCUCCCA